CGCGUUUUGCAUGAAGAUGGCGGCUCCCACCGCCAGCAAGGCAGCCUCCCUGGGCUGUAACAACAAGCCUUCGUUCCCGGAGCUGGAUUUCAGGUCAGGAGCUCGAGUGGAGGAAUUGAACAAACUCAUCCAAGAAUUCACCAAGCACGACCAACGGGAAUACGACGAUCAGAGAGCGCUGGAGAUUCAUACAGCCAAGGAUUUCAUCUUUUCCAUGCUGGGAAUGGUACAAAAAUUGGACCAAAAACUUCCAGUGGCCAAUGAGUACCUGUUGCUUUCUGGAGGAGUUCGGGAAGGUGUGGUAGACCUGGACUUGGAUGAGCUGAAUGUCUAUGCCCGGGGGACCGAUUACGAUAUGGACUUUACUCUUCUGGUGCCAGCCCUUAAACUGCAUGACCGUAAUCAGCCUGUGACUCUCGAUAUGCGCCACUCAGCCUUGUGCCACUCUUGGCUGAGUCUCCGGCUCUUUGAUGAAGGGACGAUCAGUAAGUGGAAAGACUGCUGCACCAUCGUCGACCACAUCAAUGGUGCUACCAACUACUUCUUCUCACCUACCAAAGUGGCUGACUGGUUCUAUGACUCCAUCAGCAUUGUCUUAUCCGAGAUACAAAAGAAGCCCCAGCGAGGGAUGCCAAAGGUGGAAAAAGUAGAAAAGAACGGGACCAUCAUCUCCAUCAUUCUGGGUGUGGGCAGCAGUCGCAUGUUGUAUGACAUCGUCCCUGUGGUCUCCUUCAAAGGUUGGCCUGCAGUUGCCCAGAGCUGGCUCAUGGAGAAUCACUUUUGGGAUGGGAAGAUCACUGAGGAAGAGGUCAUCAGUGGGUUUUACUUGGUACCUGCUUGCUCCUACAAGGGUAAAAAGGACAAUGAGUGGCGGCUGUCCUUUGCCAGGAGCGAGGUGCAGUUGAAAAAGUGCAUCUCUAGCAGCCUCAUGCAGGCCUAUCAGGCCUGUAAAGCCAUCAUCAUCAAACUGCUGUCCAGACCUAAGGCUAUUAGUCCCUAUCACCUGCGGAGCAUGAUGCUCUGGGCCUGCGACAGACUUCCUGCCAACUACUUGGCUCAAGAAGACUAUGCAGCUCACUUUUUGCUGGGCCUCAUCGAUGACCUGCAACACUGUCUCGUUAACAAGAUGUGUCCUAAUUAUUUCAUCCCUCAGUGCAACAUGCUGGAGCACCUGUCCGAGGAGACGGUCAUGCUGCACGCCCGGAAGCUCUCCUCGGUCCGCUCAGACCCAGCAGAGCACUUGCGCACCGCCAUCGAGCACGUCAAGGCCGCCAACCGACUGACGCUAGAGCUGCAGCGGAGGAGCAGCACCACCAGCAUUCCCUCCCCACAGUCUGAUGGAGGGGACCCCAGCCAGCCUGAUGAUCGCUUGGCCAAAAAACUGCAGCAGCUAGUGACUGAGAACCCGGGGAAGUCCAUCUCUGUCUUUAUUAACCCGGAUGAUGUUACAAGGCCCCAUUUUAGAAUUGAUGAUAAAUUUUUCUGAGUGUUUUACUGACUUUUUUUUUUUUUUUUCCCCUUCUUUCUUAGUUCUAAAACUCUCAUGAUGUGUAGUGUGGUUUGUGAUUGCUGUCGUUCGUUUUUUACAUAUCCAGCCUAGAUUGGAUCUGUUAAGAACACAUUUUAAGUUUCCUGGUUCUGCAGGAUGGUGCAGGCUCUGAAACAGUAUAUUACUAUUUCAUAUUCUGCCUCUUAUUUCUGUUGUUGUUUGCCUUUUUGUAGUUAUUUUCACCUUUUUUUCUCUCUCUCUCUCUCUCUUAAUUUUAGGAGAACUUGAGCCAUAGGAAAAAAAAAUGCCCAUGAAUCGUUGUGUAUUUUUCUGUUUUAUACUUUGUGCAAAUUUGCUAAUGGGGUUAGGG